CGUCAUAUAAGACGGUUCUUAACCUGUAUUUAGAAGACCACACGUAAAAGUGUCGGUUUAUUAUAUCGAGUUUGUCUAGUUAAUUAAAAAUGCCGCUGGAGAAUUUGGAAGAGGAAGGCUUGGAGAAGAAUCCGAAUCUGUUGUUAGCACAGACUAAAUUCCUGCUAAGUCUUCCAGAGCACAAAGAUGAUCCCAAUCUCAAGACAAAACUUUUGGAUGCCAUCAAAGCUGAAAAUAUGGCUCCAUUUUACGAAGAAGUGUGCAAAGAUCUGGAUUGGCCAGUAGAGGAAACCCUUCUUUCAACAAUGAAAACACACAAUACAGAACAAUUAAAAAAACUUGAUGAUGCUAUCGAGGAUGCUGAGAAAAAUCUAAGCGAGAUGGAAGUUCGUGAAGCUAACUUAAAAAAAUCAGAAUAUCUGUGUCGAAUAGGCAAUAAAGAGGAUGCAAUCUCGUCAUUUAGGAAAACUUAUGACAAGACAGUAUCAUUAGGGCACAGACUAGAUAUUGUGUUCCAUAACAUAAGAAUUGGUUUGUUCUACUUGGACCAUGAUCAUAUUACCAGAAAUAUUGAGAAAGCUAAAAGCUUGAUAGAAGAAGGCGGAGAUUGGGAUAGACGAAAUCGUUUAAAAGUCUAUCAAGGAAUGUACUGCAUCGCAGUUCGCAACUUUAAAGAAGCUGCAAACUUUUUUUUGGAUACAAUUAGCACGUUUACAAGCUAUGAACUCAUGGAUUAUAAUACGUUUGUGAGAUAUACAGUAUACUUGAGCAUGAUAAGUCUCCCGCGAAAUGAGCUGAGAGACAAAAUUAUUAAGGGUUCUGAGAUAUUGGAGGUCCUUCAUAGUAAUAUAGAUGUCAAGGAUUACUUGUUUUCAUUGUAUAAUUGUCAUUAUGCAGAUUUCUUCAAGAAUCUUGCACACGUUGAAGGAUUGCUACGGCAAGAUUACUUAGUAUUUCCGCAUUAUCGAUAUUAUGUUCGGGAGAUGCGAAUCCUCGCGUAUACACAGCUGUUAGAAUCCUACCGGUCUUUAACCUUGCAGUAUAUGGCUGAAGCAUUUGGAGUUACAGUGGAAUACAUUGAUCAGGAAUUAUCGCGCUUUAUAGCAGCAGGUCGAUUACAUUGCAAAGUCGAUCGAGUCGGAGGUGUGGUCGAAACAAAUCGGCCAGACAGCAAAAAUUGGCAAUAUCAAGCGAUGGUGAAACAAGGGGAUUUACUGCUUAACAGGGUGCAGAAAUUAUCGCGCGUUAUUAACAUUUAAUUUUUUAUAUUAUCAUCGCACAGAGAAUAUAUGUUAUUGACUUAAAACGACUACUCAAGAUCAACAAUUUGAAUGUUUGCUGCAUAUCUGCUUUAAAGAGCUUGUAUGUCUCGUUUUAAUGAAAAUUUUGUAACGAUGAAAGCUGAAAGUCUCAUGUUUGAUUUUGUAAACAAAAUACAUAUACGAUUUUCCUCUAA